AUGGAGAAAGAAUCUUUUAAAGUUAAUCAUUUACGACAAUUCUGUUCGGUUAUUAAUGUACCGCCUCCUAUUGUGACUUAUGUUGCUAAACCUUGUCCAGUGUCAGACUGGCCUAUUAAAUUUAAUGGUAAUCCUCAAGAUUUAUUUUCAUUUUUAGAAACUGUUACUGAGCUUUCUGAAUCACGUAAAGUUAGUGAACAAGAUUUAUUUUCUUCCGCAGUAGAACUUUUUACCGGGAAUGCUUUUAUUUGGUACAGAAGUAUUAAACAACAUGUUACAGAUUGGAAAUCUCUUGUAGAAAGAUUAAAGAAAGACUUUUUGCCACCAGAUAAUGAUGACAAUAUUUGGUCGCAAAUUAAAUCUUAUAAACAACGAAAAAAUGAAAGUAUUUUAAUUUUUAUAGCAACUUUAGAGAAUCUUUUUAGUAGAUUAAGUAAAUGCCCUAGUGAGGUUAAUAAGAUUAAAAUUAUUAGACAAAAUUUACUUCCUGAAUACAUUACUCAGUUAGCUUUAGUUGAUGUUUUAUCUGUGUCUGAACUCUCUAAUUUGUGUAGAAAAUUAGAAAAUGCUAAACAUCAGAAUGAAAAACGAUCUAGAAGUUUAAAUGUUUCUCAAUUGAAUACCACUCCUGAUUCUAGCUCGUCUGAUUCUCAUCGAGUACAGUUUUGUAAAAAGUCUAAGAAUGUCAAUGCUCAAAACAAAAAUAAAAAUACUACUGUUCGGUCUGCUAGUUAUUCUGUAGCGUCGUCGUCUUCUGACCCUGAUAUGGUAAAUACUUCUUCGAGUAUGCCCAGAUCUGUAGAAAAUUCAGGUAAGGAAGCAACCUCGCGUUUAGUUUGUUGGAAUUGUUCUGGUCCAAAUCAUACAUUUCAUGAUUGUCGACAGAAACGUAAGGUUUUUUGUUUUAAAUGUGGUAAUUUAGGUGUUAAGUCACCGGCGUGUCCCAAAUGUUCAAAAAUACUAAUUGGACGAACUCGUGUUUCUGGUCGUGCAGUUCAAAAAUUCAAACCCAGAAAUUUAUUUUCAGAAUCUGAUUGGAAGAAGUGGUUAUUAUGUGUUAAGAAUUUUUAUAGAUCCACCACUACCAAUCAUAAAGUUUCUCCUUCAGAUAUUUCAGAUAAUGAUUCUUUUGUAUGUCCGCAAAUUUCCGUUUUGAAUAUAGAUUUAGACCAUACUGACGCAUGGUAUGAGACUAUGAAGCAAAAGAUUUUAGCUUCACCUGGUUCAUUUCCACAGUGGAAAGUUGAAGAUGGUUUUCUUUUUAAGUUUAUUCCGGUACAGUUACCAUUUUCAUCAAAUCUUCAAGAAUGGAAGCAGGUUGUUCCACGUCCUCAACGUCGUAAUAUUAUCGAAUCAUGUCAUAAUCCGCCAACUUGUUCGCAUUUGGGUUUUUAUAAGACUUUAUCGAGACUUCAAGAACAAUUUUAUUGGCCCAAGAUGAGAGCCGAUGUUCUUAAAUUUGUUAGGAGUUGUCGUGUUUGCGGAGCUCAAAAAUCUUCUAAUACUAUGCCGUUAGGUAAGAUGGGAAAAGAAAAGCAAGUUAAUAUGCCUUUUCAGACAAUCGCUUUAGAUCUUAUGGGUCCUUUUCCUAGAUCAAAAAAGGGUCAUAAGUGGCUUUUAGUUGUUGGCGAUUGGUUUUCGAAGUAUGUUCUUCUGUGUCCGUUGCGUUCAUCAAAAUCUCCCUAUAUUGUGAAGUAUCUUGAGAAUGAAGUUUUUCUUACCUAUGGAGUACCUCAACAUAUAAUUUGUGACAAUGGUCCUCAAUUUGUUGCGAAAGAAUUUAGAGAUUUAGCUAAGAAAUACCAAGUUCAGAAGAUCUGGUAUAAUGCUGUGUAUUCUCCUCAAUGUAACUUUGUUGAGCGAAUGAAUAAAACUGUAGGAACAGCUAUUAGAACUUAUGUUAAACAGCAUACAGAUUGGGAUGUUCAGCUCUCUAAUAUUCAGUUUGCUUUAAAUACUUCUAAACAUGAGGUCACAGGUUUUUCUCCUUCAUUUUUAGUUUUUGGUAGACAUAUUCCCAUCUCUGGUAAGUAUUAUGGUCAAGUUAAAUUUUCUGAAGAUUUUGAAAUUAUGCCUGGCGAUCGCAACUCUUACGCUUCUGAACUCAAAAAUCUUUAUAGUGUCUUUAGCGAAGUCCGUAAGAAACUUCAUGCUGCUUAUGAAAGAAACUCGAAGUCUUAUAAUUUGCGUAGGCGUGAUUUAUCUUUUCAGGUUGGUGAUUUGGUUUGGAGACGUAAUAAGGUCUUAUCAAAUGCUGGUAUUAACUUUUCAGCCAAGUUAGCUCCUCGUUUUAUUUUAUCUUCAGUGCGAAAGAAAAUCUCGAAUUUAGUUUAUGUUUUAGUAGACGAGAAUGGUACUAACGCAGGCCGCUGGCAUAUAAAAGAUCUUAAACCAUACCAAGGUCACACGAUUGACGACGAUGAUACAGAAAAUGUCUCUACUACGUCACAGUAAUUCAAAUAAUCUAUUAUGUCCGAUUCCUUUUUAGGGUUUAGUCUAACGGAUACAUAGAUUAUAAUUUUAGUUUCUUUUUAGUUCAGAUUAAACAGUUAUACAACAUUUGCUUCUCGUUUUUUUACGGAUUUGUCGCGAAUCAGUAUAACUAUAUUGUCAUUUAUUUUUUUUGCGUACCUAUAUUUUUGAUAUGUUAUAGUAUUUCUAUUUGGAAAUGCGAGCAUAUGACAGUAUUUUUUUUCUUCGAGUAUUCUACAGAUUACCUAAUUUUGAGUAAAUAUUUUGUGGGAUGGUAAUUCUGUUAAUCACUCAUAUAGUUUUAUGUCAUUUGCUCUAUUCUUUUUUAUUCAGUUCACAAGAAUCUGAAAUGUAAGAGAUUCUUGUAUUUUGUGUAUUCCGAGAACACAACUUCGUGAAAAAACGAAAAGUUGUUAUGAUUUUGAUUGCAACCUAGAAGUGAGACGUAGCUAACCUCAUGACUUCGUAAGUUUUACUGUGUUUUGGAUAUUAUUGUGAUCUUCUUUCCAUAUUUGCAAUAGCGUUUCAUAGGCUGGAAUCCUAUGUUACGGAUAUUUUGGGUCAUUAGUGACAAUAUUUUUUUCUCUUUCUUUGUGUCUUUCUAUUGUGUUUUCUAUUGUAAUUUUCCUUCUUUUUCUCAUACAGGUGAGUUACCUUGAGUGGUUAACCGGUUAAUCUUCAGAAACAUCUGCGCUUCCAUGGGAUUCUUUUUUCUUUUCCUAUCCCAUACCUUUUUAGUUUUAAGUUUAGUUUUAGUUUAUCAUAUAUUUUGUAUAUGAUUUUGUUUUUUUUGGAUUAUGUGGUGAUUUUGACUUUCCCGAUUGUGUAACCUCCCCUGAUUUGACAUACCGAUUGCGACUUACCAAUUGUGACUCCUUUAUGGACGUGUGAUACACGAAGCUAUCAUCCACCAAAUUUAAUUAAAAAAAAUCUAAAAACAUGUACCAAUUUAAUUUAGUUUUCCUUAGUGGUGUUUGGGCGAAAGUCCUCUUUGAGGGCCUUUCUUUUUUUUGGAGGGGGGCAGUGUAGCAUUUUUUAAUUCCUUUAAUAAAAUUGAAUUUAAAAAUUAUUUUUAUUCAAAUUUCUUAGUAUUGGCGCCAUCUAUUUGCUAGAUGCCAAAGAUACCAAACUCCGUUUGUUACAGGUCACUUGUUUCGAUAUUUAAUUUUUAUUAGCGCAUCUAUUCGCUAGGUGUCAAACUUCAUUUCUUACAGUUUACUUGUCUUGUUUAUUAGCGCCAUCUAUUCGCUAUAUGCCAAACUUCCUUAAUUGCAU